AUGCAAUCCUUUUCAUUAGAACUUUAUCCGUUGAGUGGACAAAUCCACAUUGCGUUAUAUACUAAUGUGAAGAAUUCGGCAGACUUAAAAAAAAGACUAUUAUCACACGAUCAGGAAUUAAAAUACGCUUUUAUUGAUGCGAAAGUGGUGUUAGACAAAUUUCAAUUAUUAGUCGCAGUCAACAAUGCAGUACAUUAUGAAAUGUAUUCGAAAUUGAAAACUCAUAAUGUACAUUCUGAAAUUGUUUAUAAUCUUUCUCCAACUACCAACAUUAGCGAAUCAUUGAGAAGGUUUGGUAUUUCCGAUUCUACAAGUGAAAUCAUCGUUGUAAAAGUGGGUGGUAAUAAUGUUGAGGUAAAGUCACAUUUAAAUACAUUAAUCGAUGGUGAAGAAUCUUCUUUGGACGUUUUUUCAAGGUUUGCAGAUCGCAGUUGUAUAAAAAAGUAUUACAAAAUCAGUAAUAAUAUUAAUGAUCAUGAAGAAAUACUUAAUAUAAUUAUUGGAUCUCUAGCGAUCAAAAAUGUAAAUUAA